AUGGCGACGGCACGCGUUACUUCUUCUUCUUCUUCUUCUGCGUGGUGGUCCCAAGGACGGAAGCUGUUCGCGAGCUCGGCGGAUCUGAGCCGAGCGACCAGGAGGUUUUCAGAGAAAGGCUGGUUCCGUUCCCCGAUUGUGGACAAAGCCGACGCCAGGAAAGAUGCCCACUCCAACCUGCUGUCAAAGAAGGAGACCAGCAACCUGUACAAAAUCCAAUUUCACAACGUCAAACCAGAGUGCCUGGAAGACUACAACAGUCUAGAGGCUCAGGUGCAAAUCCGGCUCCACGAGGACCAGGAUUACCCGUGCGAGGUGGUGGGAAGCUGGAACACCUGGUACGGAGAACAGGACCAAGCCGUGCAUCUGUGGCGGUACCGAGGAGGCUACCCAGCGUUGACCGAAUGCCUGAAGAAGUUGAACGACAACAAGGAGUAUGGAGAGUUUCGUAAAGAGAGGGCUAAAAUGUUGGUUUCGAGGCGAAAUCAGCUCCUCCUGGAGUUCAGUUUCUGGAACGAACCCGAGCCCAGACCGGGGCCCAACGUCUAUGAAAUGAGAACCUAUCACCUGAAGCCGGGAACCAUGAUUGAAUGGGGGAACCACUGGGCGAGGGCAAUCAGAUACAGACAGGAGAACAACGAAGCGGUGGGCGGGUUCUUCUCCCAGAUCGGCGACCUCUACGUGGUCCAUCAUUUGUGGGCUUACGAAAGCCUGCUGUCCCGGGAGGAGACCAGGAACUCUGCCUGGCUGAAGGAGGGAUGGGAUUCAAACGUGUAUUACACAGUGCCGCUGAUCAGAAGCAUGGAGUCUCGAAUAAUGAUUCCCACCAAGAGCUCGCCUUUACAAUGA